AUGGUUCAUUAUGUAAAACCCAAAGUGGUCGCUAGUAAACGGAGCAAAGAUUUUAUUAUCCAAGAAGCCUUAAUUAGAUAUUUGGAAGAUGCCGAGGAUGUAGCCGAGUUUUUAAAGAAAGAUGCUAAAAAAGAAGAGGACAAGGCCAAAGAGAGUUUAAAGAAAAUUGACCAAUUAAUGGCGAAAAAAAUUACUAGUAGGGUAGAAAGUUUCUUGGCGAAAAAUCCUACUGAAUACGGAAAACCCUUAACUGGUAAUCUGAAAGCUGGUUUAAGAAUUACCGAAGCCAUUAGUUUUGAUUUAAAUUUAGAACACGGGGAAACCGAAUACAAAGGCUUAUAUUUAUUGCGCGGCAAAAGACAAAAAGAAAGUGCUAAUCGCAUAGUUUUUUUUGCUUUUUUAAAACAAAUAAAAAAAGAAUUAGAUAUUGCCGAAAAUAUUGAAUUAGCUCCCCAUACUUUAAGAAGGUGUUUUGCUACUUAUAAUGCCCUAAAUGGUAUGCCUUUACCUGUUUUACAAAAAGUUUUAGGUCAUAGUAAAAUAUCUACUACGGCUCUUUAUAUUAAAGAUAGUGAUUUAAGGAGAAAACAACAACCAUGGAACCAACUAAACUUCCUCUCAACCUUAUCCCCUCCACCUCCUGAUGAAAAAAUGUCCGGAGUGAAAUCAGUAAAAGUCAAUGAGACCUAA